CUAGCCCCGCCCGUUCUGCCCCCAUACUGGUAAGUGUUGAGUGUUAUCUCUUAUUAGCAGGGAUGAAAGUAUUACCUUGCCCACCUAAACACACCACAAUCAGGAUAUUCUUGUAACCCUGUGUCAAGUGGUGCUGAAGGGUUCUUAAGAUCACACGUAGGCCAUUAUAUUUCACCCUGGUACCCCUGUGUGGAACCAAGUAACUUGUAACACUGCCCUACAGCACUCCCGGUCUGACCUUGUGCUGAGCUGACAUCAUCAGGAGAGAUGUCUCUCUGCGAUGGGACAGACUCUCCACACAGGGUUAUGCCAGCCCUGUGACUAAGUGCACACUAGCAAGUUCUCAGGAACUGGAGGGUGGCAUCUCAUUUGCUUAGAGAUCUGCAUCCUCCACCAAAAAUACACCCAGCCACCUCAAGGGAGGAAAAGAGCUGCUCGUGGGUGAGAUUACCAGCAGUGAACACUUCAGCCUCCCAGUGAUCUCUGGAAAUGGGUGGCUGCAAAAUCCAAUAGGCCCUGGGCCUCACUUUGUGUAGUCCAGUCUAGUGACAUUCCUCUCACAUGUCUGCAGAUGCAGGGACCUUCAGUCCCAUCCACUGUGCUUUAUGCAGAUGAGCACACAUGGACUAACCAGGCGGUGAUACAGGGUUUAAUGUCUGCAGCCACAGGAAUCCUGCCUGCUGGAUGGUCAGCAGUUCAAAUGCCUGGAGGUCAGGAAAGGGAUCUAGGAGUUGAAAGCUCUUUAGGACAAGUUUUAUGCCCUCUUACUUGCAUCCAGUGCUCAGCACAAUAGGACACCGGAUUCUGAUUGGAGCUUCUGCAAUAAUGGUCUUCAGCAUGUAUGUGAAGAGCACCAUUUCCUAGUCAGGAUCUCAAUGUGUUUGUGCACUGAGAGGUUAGAUGAGACUGCUAAGCAAUUGGACAAAACAGCAAGUACCUCUCCGCAGGGACUAAUCGGUUUUAGUCAGCGUCAUGCACAGCUGUAGCAUUCGUGAUCAUUUGCACCAACGGCACUGCCCCGACUCACUCUGUAGCCCCUCAGCCUCAUCUUCCCCACCAUAAAAACGGGGAUCGUGAUGCUUGUCUGUUGCCCAGGGAGGGCUGGGACGCAUAAAGCCCUUUGAGAGAGCUGGAGGGAAGAUGCUGUACAAACAUAUUGUCUGUUACACCCAGGCAGCAAGACAGUGCUGGGAACAGCACCCAGGAGCUGGCCCCUGCUGCCCCCCCCCCACCCAAAUGGAGCAAUUCCAACCCAAACCCUUCAUGAGAGGAUGUGCCAGAGAUGCUGGGAGGAUUUCAAAGGGACAGAAGGCCCAGUCCCAUGUCCAGUCUCACACAAUAGCACCAACUCUAAGCAUCCAAAAGUUACAGGUCCAAUCCUGAAAAAUCAUGACACUGGCUUAAAAAAAUCAUAAGGUCUUAAAAAAAAUACAUUUGGGGAGAACAAGCUGGUGGGAGAAAUCUGAAGUGCAAGAGAAACAAAAAAGAAUGAAUGACUCAAAAGAGCUUGAGGGAGCAGGUCACGAUAAUGAGACCAUCAAAAAAUGCACACAAACAGGCCAAAGAAGGCUACAAAGGCAGUUGCCAAGGCAAGAAUGGAGGCUAAAGAGGAAUUAAACAGAAAGCUGCAGGAAGCUGAUCACAGGAAAUCGGUUUUUGGGUUGGCAAAAAAAAGAGGAACUCUAAAGCACAAGAAAUGAAGAAAUCUUCCUAUGUGAAGGAUAGGUACUGUGUGGUGACUAACCCCAAACAGGUGGUAGGAGCUAUGGAAAAAAUAUUUCUAAAGGCUGUUAAAUGAGAAGAGAGUUGCAAGUGCGAGCACUGCUGAUAAUUUUGGGGAAGCCUCCAAAAGUAUAGAAGAGACAGAAGAAGCAAUGAAUAUGAUGAAGAAUGGUAAAGCAUUUGGAGAAGAUGAGAUAACUGUUGGUAUGAUCAAGGUAGUUGGAGAUACUGGAGUAAAGUGGCAUCACAGAUUACUCAGAGUUUGCUGGGAUCAAGCUAGGAUACCAGAUGACUGGAGAAUAGGGUUGAUUGUGCCUCUCUGGAAGGGUAAAGGUGAUGCAAAUGUUUUAUCUGAACAGCUAUCACAGCACCACCUUGUUAAGUCAGCCUCAAAGUCCUGGAGAGAAUUUUGAAGGCAAGGAUGAUGUGCAAGGUGGAGGAGGAUAUAGGAGAGGAGCAACAUGGCUUUAGGAAGGGAAGGAGCCAAUAGACACAUUUGCAAUGAGACAGAAGUUUAGAAGAGUAAUAAGUGGAGGGCAUAACUGCUAUGUAGCAUUUAUUGAUCUUGAGAAAGCAUAUGACUUGGUUCCAUGGAAGCUGGUGUUUGCAGUACUGAGAUAGAUGGGCAGGGGUGUUCGAGAAGUGGAGAUGAUAGACAAGUUGUAUCAAGGGUCAACAGCUAAGGUGAAAACAAUACGCACUAUUUCAGAAUUUGGAGGUAACAAUCAGAGUAAGACAAGGUGGUAUGCUGAGUCCACUUCUCUUCAUCCUAGUUAUGGAAUUAAUUAGUAUGAGAACCAAAUCUGUGGAGACACAGAGAAAGCUAACGUAUGCUGGUGACUUGGCCCUUUUGGUUGACAGCAAAGAGGAAUUGGUAAAUAUCCUAAUUUACUAAUUAGGGCCUCUGUGUUUGAAGGUAAACAUAAAGAUAACUGAAGUUGUGCAAGUAGGCAAGGCUGAAGAAGAGCUGUUGAUAAAAGUUUCAGGAGAGACGCUGAAUCAGAGGAAUUUGUGUACUUGGGAAAUACACUUAGUACCACUGGAGAGAGACAUGGGGAGGGGGAGGGGAGGGAAAGAACCCAAUGGGCAGCAGUGAAAAAAGUGGCAGUAUUACUGCGGGAGUGGCAAUUAACUAACAAGCUGAAAGGAAGUGUUAUGUUGCCUGCAUUUGUCCCUGCCUGCUCUACAGUUUGGAAACAGUGGGUCUUACGGAGAUGGAAGAGAAAACAAAAGAUAUAGGUAGCAGAAAAUACUAUACUGAGGAGAAUAGCAGGCAAGCGGAGGUAGACAGAGCACACAGGGAGGAAGAUAGGGGGAAGCUGAACUUCGGACUCUCAAUGACAGAUAGGCAGGAGAGCACCAGUGCCCGUUUGACACGGGCUGGGCGCGUGAUAAGAAUGGGAGAGCAACCAGCGAAGAAAGCACAGGAGGAAGAGGACAGCAAGAAAGGGCACAGAAGACCAAUGAUACAAUGGAGUCAGUCAAGAGAAGUUUGAAAAAAGGGCUGGAACUUCGAGUCCUAGACCUACGAACCCAAGUUAUGGACCCAAAGGAGUGGCAAAGAAUCAUGGGCACCUCUGGGUCUGUGUAAAUGGAAAAGAGGUCAAGAAAUGAAAUUAAUUAAUGCGAGGCUCACUGUAUUUGCCUCAUGUUAUAUGAGUCUCCGGGUGCACGCACGGUCAUGAUUUCCAGAUUUUCUCUGCAACCAUGACGGCUAGAAACUUACUUAACUCAGAAGGGCUGAUUCUUGUGCAAUCUCCAGCAGCUGAGGCCUUAGGAGCGAACACUAAGAAUCAUGAGACUCACAGUAAAGCGCCACGCCCCACGCCAGGCACUUCCGCGUCGCGCCCUCCCCUGCAGCACUAUGGGAAAUGGAGUCUUCGCCGUCCAGCAGCCUGCGCGGGUCACAGAGACGGGGAGAAGAGAACUCAGCGCCGCUCUAUGAUCCAAGGCAUCCGGCGGUGCCCCUGGCCUCUGUCUGAGCGCUUCCGGUUCCGCCGGCCGGACCGGUCGCCAAUGGCUGUGCGGUCUCCAUGGGGAUGGAAGAUGGCGGCCCGAGACCCAUAUCCCCUCCCCACGGACUCCAGAGCUCAGCUGUAGGGAGCAGGGAGAGGCUGUGGUGCAGGAGGGGAGCCUAAGCCCCUCUGGCCCUGAGGAUGAGCUGGCUCCGUUCUCUGGAAUGCACAUGCUGAGGGACCGCAGCCCUGGGAAAGGAAGAUGCU